AUGGUUGGACGCAAAAACAAGAUUUUUCAGUCCAAGAUUUUCAAAAUUGCCGAAAUACAAGACGAGCUUAUGCCAGCCGCCGAGUCAGAGGAUCAAUGGGACCGCAUAGUCGCGCAGCAGCUGCGUAGGGAGGGUCUCCCGCGCGAAGAGGCAUCGGGCGAUGCGGAAGAAUCAUACACGUGGAGUCUAUACCUUUCGCGUCUGUGGCUGGAGUGGAAAAUUGAAAUGACGUGGCAGGAUUGGCUCGCACGAGGUGAGGCUCUGCAGCGAAUAGUGGACGCGGAGCAGGAGCUGGCUGAUGAAGAAGCUGGCAAGACUCGAGAGCCUGAAUCAAUGACCAGAGAACGUACACAGUCUGCGGGAGCCGCCAAGGUCUCGGGUCGUGGAUUCAACUUGCUAAGCCCGCUUGAGAUACAGGGUAAAGCGAUUGAGAUGGACGGCCACGACAUCUUUUCGUCACAGGCUUGGGCUGCCGUGGUCCGGUCGAGGAACGGCAUGCUGCGGUCGUGGGCCGACAAGGCGCAGCUGGCGCGAGGAAACACUGUUUAUUAA